AUUUUUGUUUUUGUGUUCCAAUUAUAAAUUGCUGGACGUUUGAUUUACUGAGUUCAGUUUUUUUGCUGCUGCCAGCAGUAAUUUUACUAGUUAUUUAAACAAGAGCUAAAAAUAGUGAAGUUCCGUCAGCAUUUCUAGUUGCACAUAACAAUUUGGCCAUGCCAUUUGCCAUUUCUUAGCAAAUAACAAACGUAAACAACAAAUAAGGAAACGCGCACAGAAAUUAUAUAUAAGAAAGCAGCAACAACAACAACAAUGGUGAAUUUGACCUUGUUGUGUCUUGUGUUGGGAUUGGUCUUUGCCAGCACGGCGGAGAUUAAGCCCAAUCCACUGGAUGUGAGCAUUGUGCACUAUCAGCCGGAGCAAGUGCAUCUGUCUUUUGGAGAAUCCGUGUCGGACUUUGUCGUCACCUGGAAUACGCGCGAUAAUACCAAUGAGUCCAUAUGCGAGUACAGCAUCGAUGGCAGCCACAAACCACGCGUUGCCAGAUCGCCCAAAGGACCCACCCUAUUUGUGGAUGGUGGCGCCAAGAAGGCCAAACAGUACAUACAUCGCGUGACACUGGCCAAGCUGCAGCCAAAUACCAAAUAUGUUUAUCACUGUGGCAGCACUUUGGGUUGGUCCGCUGUCUAUGGAUUCCACACGCCACACAACCACAGCGAUUGGUCGCCCUCGUUGGCCAUUUAUGGGGACAUGGGCGUGGUCAAUGCCGCCUCCUUGCCGGCUCUGCAGCGGGAGACGCAGCUGGGCAUGUAUGAUGCAAUCCUCCAUGUGGGCGACUUUGCCUACGACAUGUGCAACGAGGAUGGCGGCGUCGGGGAUGAGUUUAUGCGGCAGGUGGAGACCAUUGCCGCCUACGUGCCCUACAUGGUAGCCGUGGGCAAUCACGAGGAGAAGUACAACUUUUCGCACUACAUAAACCGGUUCAGCAUGCCAGGAGGAACAGACAAUCUGUUCUACAGCUUCAAUCUGGGACCGGUGCACUUCAUCAGCUUCAGCACGGAGGUCUAUUACUUUACACAGUUUGGUCUGAAGCCAAUUGUCAUGCAGUACAAUUGGCUGGAACGGGAUCUGAUGGAGGCCACCAAACCGGAGAAUCGUGCAAAGCAACCGUGGAUCAUCACCUUCGGCCAUCGACCGAUGUACUGCAGCAAUGACAAUGGUGAUGAUUGUGCCAAUCAUGAGACGGUCGUACGCAAAGGACUGCCCGGUCUCAAUUUCUUUGGCCUGGAGCCGCUCUUCUACAAAUACGGCGUAGACGUUGAGCUGUGGGCCCAUGAGCAUUGCUACGAGCGGAUGUGGCCGCUCUACAACUACACCGUGUACAAUGGUUCGCUGGCGGAGCCGUAUCUCAAUCCCGGUGCUCCGGUUCACAUCAUUUCGGGUGCAGCGGGCAAUCAUGAGGGACGCGAACCGUUCUUCAAACAGAUGCCUCCAUGGAGCGCCUUUCAUAGCCAGGACUUUGGCUAUCUGCGUCUCAAGGCGCACAAUGCCAGUCACUUGUACUUCGAGCAGGUGUCCGAUGACAAAAAGGGCGCUGUUAUCGAUAAGUUCUGGGUGAUUAAACACAGUCAUGGACCGUACAGUGGCGUCUAAGCGUCGCCACGCCACUUUAACAAAUGCAACCUCAGCUCACAAACACACAUAUGCCAAUAUACAUAUUUAUAUAUACACAUAAACAUAUCUAUAUAUAUUUUUAUACUUAUAGCAUUCGUAUACAAUUAACCAAAUAAAUAUUUU